UAGCCACCCCCUCCCCUUUCCAUCUCCCACCCCACCCUUAAUUUCUUAAUUCCGCUUCACGAUUGGCUGCUUGUCAUAUUCACCAGCACCGUCAAAUAAGAGCACGUGAAACAUCCUCCACUAACCAAUCAGCGCUCAGGGGGCGGGACUUGGUCUGUGGCACUGGGCUGAGGAAGAAGGACGGCUGUGAGGGAGGUAACAUUAGUUCACAUUAGCUAACAGGGUGUUAGCUAUGUAGCUAGCGGCGCGCGCUCUUUCCUCCGAAUUGCAGUCUGACGAAUAUAUAAAUAUAUCUACAUCUUUUUUUUUUACUUAAUAAAGAAAAAAUGGCGUAAAAUGGACACGGAUCGGUGUGUUGUUCGGUUCGGGCCGUGUUACUGCGCCUGAAGUGUGUCGGUGCUAAGACAGCUAGUGGAAGCCGAGGACUCGCGUUAGCAUUGGAGCUAUGAAGCAGCAGCACCGCUGGGGAUUUCUUUCCAAGUCAUAAUCUCUGAGAAAAAACACACCAGGAAGUGACCGUGAGGCCUUACAGACACGCUGUGCUUUGUGUCGCUUUUCACGGAGAAUCCGAAAUCUGCUAGUGCACACACUUCCUUUGAAGACUAACUACCUCCGGAGCAUUGGAGAGGAAUUCUAGACGGGAUCUGGAUAGGUUUCAAAGCAGCAGCAGCAGCAGCAUCCAUGUGUUAUCUUUCUGACAGACUGGAUCUGUCACCCUGCCUGUGUUCAGCCAUCGGUCUGUAGCUGGACUUUUGCUUUUUCACGUUCCUUACUGUUGACCAGUGAACUGUUCCUAUUCUCAUUAUCAUACUGUGGGAUUUUUGUUUUGUUUUUCUUUGUGUAAACACCUUUUUAAAAGUUUUUUUAUUAGAGGUCUAUAUAAAUACACAAUAAUACACAAAUUCAAUAGUAAGCUAUAACUUUUUUUCACUUCCGUUUGAAGGAUAUAUUAUGCACUUUGGGGAUUUUUUUUGAGGAUUUACGGUUACUUGUGGUGUGAAGUUUUUUUCUUUUCUUUAGAUCAGUUGCAAAAAAAAUCAUAAAGAAGCAACACUUUGAUCACGUAUUUAUAUAUAUAUAUUUUUGCGGAUUGUUUUUUCCCCCUCCACGUUGCGAGAAACUCACAUUUCUAUCUCUUACUCUCUUUUCUGCCACGUUAAAGAAUACUGACAUGACCCUCUGGUUCGUGGAGCGUUCGAGUUAUCGAUUUACUUAAGGAAAAGGUUUCUUUGGUUGCACAUCCAGGCAGAAAUCAUAAUUGAUUUCUAAAUCAUUAGAAAGCCAAACCCGAGAGAGAGAACCUUUGUCGAACUUGUUGUGAGACAAGGGGCAGUUCCUGGCCGUGUCCGUUACUUAUGUAUUGUUGCAGCGCACAAGAAAGUAAAAUGGACUAUAAGCGACGCUUCUUGCUUGGCGGGUCCAAGCAGAAAGCACAGCAACAGCAGCACCAGCAAUACCCGCUGCCCGAGCGCCGAGCUCUCAGCGCCCCGCUCGGGACCUCCUGCUCCACCCCAACCCCGCUGGCGCCUGUAGGCCCCACCCUUUCCACUUGCCACGAUGUUUCAGGCACGGGCAACGCCACAACCGCAGUUGCUGACAUCCAGCAAGGGAUCUCCAAGUACCUGGACGCUCUGAACGUCUUCUGCCGUGCCAGCGCCUUCCUUACGGACCUCUUCGGCAGCGUGUUUCGUAACUCGCGCUACUCCAAAGCUGCCAUGCAGCUCAAGGACGUGCAGGAGCACGUCAUGGAGGCGGCCGGCCGCCUCACGGCAGCCAUAAAACCCGAGAUCGCCAAGAUGCUGAUGGAGCUCAGCGCCGGUGCUGCGAACUUCAAAGACCAGAACGACUUCAGCCUACAGGACGUUGAGGUACUGGGCCGCUGUUUUCUGACUGUGAUGCAAGUGCAUUUCCAGUUUCUGUCUCAGGCCCUGCAGAAAGUGCAGCCGGUGGCGCAGUCGUGCCUUGCGGAGGCGCUGGCGCAAAUGCAGGAGCGCUGCUCUGGGGCUCGCAGUCAGCCCGGAGCGCUCGGGGAGCUGGACGAGGCGGCACGCUCAUGGAAAGGAGCAGCAGAGGCGACGGCGCGUCUACGAGAGCGAGGCCGUGAUGGCUGUCUGGCUGGUUUUCAGGUGCAGCAGCUCUUCUGCUCCCACAGCCCCUCUCUCCCCGACCAGCAGCUCAAAGAGCUCAACCUGAAGAUAAACAGUGCUCUGCAGGCAUACAGAUCUGCGCUGGACUCUCUGGGUCACUGUGAGUACGCUCUCAAAGGAGGCUUUCACCUGAAACCCAAAUCUAUCGAGGCAGCGUUACAGGGUUGUUGUAGUGAGGCUGAGGCUCAGCAGGCGGGCCGUAUGCAGACCACAUCUCAGCCACUCCAGUGUGAGUUACCCACGAUCCCCCUGCAGAUUGGCUCGCAUUUUCUUAAAGGAGUCUCCUUCAAUGAGUCGGCCGCCGACAACCUCAAACUCAAAACGCGCACCAUGUUACAGCUCAUUAAGGAGGCAUCUGGGCAGAACGGUGUGUCUGCACACGACGACUCGCCUGUGACCGAGGUGCUGAACCUGGUGUGUCCAUCCACCUGGAGAGGAGCGUGCAAAACGGCCGUGCAGUUGCUGUUUGGACAAGCAGGACUGGUGGUGGUAGACACGGCUCAGAUUGAGAAUAAAGAGGCAUACGCUCCACAGAUUACCUUAGAGGGAUCUCGGGUCGUAGUGCAGGUUCCUUCCACAUGGUGUCUGAAGGAGGAUCCAGCCACUAUGUCUCUGCUGCAGCGCAGCCUGGACCCGGAGAAAACCCUCGGCCUGGUGGACGUCCUCUACACCACCGUGUUCGACCUCAACCGCUGGAAAGAGCGCAAGGAACAAGCUCUUCCAACCAUUCAAAUCCAGCUUCAGAGGGACAGCUCAGACUACACCGUCCCUGUCGACCUCCACCCUUGCAACAGCAGCAAGUCCUCCAGUGGCCUGCCCAAGACCAUUUCCAAACUGACCUCCAAAUUCACCAAAAAGGCUUCGUCCAGCUCUGGAAGUGGUGGAAGCUUCUCUAUCCCCAGCACUCCCUCUCGAAGCACGAGUGGCAUCGACGAUAAGCCCAAAGCACCAUCCCAGAUUCACCAAAUGACCGUGUCGGGUCCCGGUGACUCCAACCAGCACGCCGCCAACGGUUCAACUCCGGAGGAGCAGGGUAUGAAUCUGCCUACCGACCAGGAAAUGCAGGACGUGAUCGACUUUCUGUCUGGCUUCAACAUGGGCAAGUCGCAGCAGGCCUCACCACUGGUCAAAAGGAGGAACUCGGUCGCCUCGAGCAACGCCGCUGAUCUGAAACCACCCGCCUCUGUGGCCCCACCCACUUCACAGGCUCCGGUUCUGCACGCUGCAAUCUCGUUGGCUCAAAAUCUGCCUCAACAGCCACAACAUCAGCAGCAGCAACAACAACCUCCUCCUACACUCCCAACUACCCCCAAACAGCAGCAACAAACCACAGUUCCUCCACAACCACAAGCCCCAGUACAGCCUUCACCUUCUCCACAGACCCUGCAGUUCUACCAGCACCUCCUGCAGCAAUCUCAGCAACCCUCUCCCGUCUCACCACAACUCCCCUCACAGCAGCCACAGCCUCUUCCUCCACAGCAGAGGGCCCCCGGAAAGUGGCCCCAGGCUCCUCCGGGCGGGCUCUCGCCCAUUGGUCACAUGACUCAAUGGACUUUGCCUGACCUGAGCUCGGACCUGUAUAGCCUGGGGUUGGUCAGCACCUACAUGGACAGUGUGAUGUCUGAGGUGUUGGGUCACAAGGUACCACCAGGACCACGGAACAACACCUGGCCUAAUCGUGAGCAGAGUGAGCAGGGAAUGUUCGGGGUGCUGGGAGACACGAUGCCCUUUGAUCCUGCAGUUGGCUCAGAUCCAGAGUUUGCGCGUUACGUCGCCGGGGUCAAUCAGGCCAUGCAGCAGAAGAGGCAAGCACAGCAUGUCCGUCGUCCUAGCAACCCCCGUAGCAACUGGCCCCUCCCAGACGACCAGCACAGGACCUGGUCCCACCCAGAAUACUACAGCGAGGGGGAGGCCGUAAACAGUACCUGGUCCACCAAUCAGGGCGACUCCGCCAGCUCCAGUGAUGAAACCUCCUCAGCCAACGGGGACAGCCUGUUCUCCAUGUUCUCUGGUCCUGAUCUGGUAGCAGCAGUCAAGCCAAGAAGGAAACACAGCUGUGGUGAGCCGGAAGUUUGUACGCUGCCCUCUCCUCCUCUCCACCACGCUGGUGAUGAUAACCAGGACAGUAAAACUAAAACAUGGCCUCCGAAAGCCCCGUGGCAGCACUCCACCCACUCAAACACCAUGCCCAAUCCCAGCUCUUCCCUUUAUCAAAUGACAAUACCUUCCAGCCAAUGGGGCGAGUCCAUGCAAAUGCUGCAGUCUCCGGUUUGGUCAACAGCCAAUGAGUGCUCUCCUUCCAGCGGCCUCUCAUCCGGCUUUCCUUUCACACAGCAGCAGCAGCAGCAGCAGACCUCGCAGCAUAAAGCUCUGAGUAAAGGCUUCAAGAACUUCCCUCUGAAACCCGAACACCGGCCCUCGUACCUGCACCAAUACUGACCCCGGCCUCCGCCCCGCACUUAAUCGCUGUUCUGAGUCCGGGGAGCGAUGACGUCUAGGGCUUUAAAUAAGCUAUAGACUGGUCUUAGAUCAGCGGUUAAGGGUUUCGCAUUAUGCCACGGUUGGAGUCGGUGCUGGUGUAAAGACUAGGUGCUGCGGAUUACACCAUCUCUCCAUCUAAAUCAAGGGUCGUGACAAACACGUGAGGUCGGGUGGAAGGUGACUCCAUCCCACCCCUGCUCAUGUGAUUAAGAACACGCCCGUAGCUGACACUUUACUCCAGACCGCACUCUGAUUCCUAAUUUUGAUAGUCCUUUAGACGAGUGUGUUUUUAUAGGCCAAUUUAUAUCGAAACAUUGUCGCAUAUAUAUAUAUAUAUAUAUAUAUAUAUAUAUAUAUAUAUAUAUAUAUAUAUAUAUAUAUAUAUAUAUAUAUAUAUAUAUAUAAAAUUUCUGUCAGAUCCACGCGAGGCCCCCGGUUUUCCUAAACUGCCAUCCACGCCGGUUUUAGUGCAUGAUUCCCGCUUUCAGCAGCUAGUGAAGUUGUUGCUUCUGCUUCACAGAAUGGCCGAAUCGAAAGAUUCCCGAGACGAGAAAACAGCUUUCGCCGGGAAUUCAUGAGUUUCCAGGCUGCCUUUAGAUUAGUAGGGAGCGGAUCAUGUGACGUGCAUGGCCACUUAACCGUGUGCGUGUGCUUGCAUGUGCGUACGUGUGACGACUUACGACGGGACGCAACCUGUGACCGUAUUGUGUCGGUAGGGGGGUUAAUGGAAAAAAAAAAUGAAUAAAAAGCUGUAACUGCCAAAUCUCGUGUUGGAUCACAUAGACUACAGCUCCCAGCUACUGUUCCAUAGCGUGUACAUGAAACAAAAAGAAAAAUAUUAAUAAUUCUUUUUAUGAAGAAGCUUUGAGCAGGCUCAGCAGAAAUAGAAUAAUCAUAGCAGAGGUGUAAUUUGACAAGAAAUACACUACUUUUUUCAACAUCUGAUAGAAGUUUAAAAAAAACGGACGUUUGCGGUAAAGUCAUUCGACGACGUGCCAUUUUCAAUAUUACUAGCACUUGCGUAUUUUUUUUUUUUCCCGUCCUUUCUUUCUUUUCUCCAACCAAGGCGUUGUUCGGUCAGUUAGAAGGUGCUUGGUGGGAAAAAAAAAAACCCUGAAACCUUUACAGAGGACACGAGGCUCGAUCCUGUUCCGUUCGUCGUGCGCUCGAUUCGUGUUUCUCGGCGACACGUUAACACUAAACGCCAUCGUCACGUUCGUUCUUUUGAAAUACGAUAUAUUUCUUGUUAAAGAUAUUGACAGUAUUAAUCUUAUUUUUGUAUUUUCUUAUAUAUUAUACCAUUACUGUAUAUGUUUACGUGAUAUAGGCUUAUUAAGUAAAACCUUACAUAUAUAUUCCCCCCCAGAUGUGAAAAGCACAUUUUUUUUUUUUUUUUUUUUGGCUGAACUACCUACAGAAAAUUAACUCCAAUUAUCACCACAAACACUAAAACCCAUUAUUGCAUUGGGGUGGUUUGGUUUCUUCCUCUUUUUAACCCCUAUUGUUUUUCCCCCCCCCAGAUAUGGGCUGUGUCACAUUUAAUCCGCCCCGGAAAUUUAAUUUUUUGGUGCCGUUUUGUGGAUGCCAACGUUGCCUGUAUUUCUAUGACAUGACCAUGUUUUCUGAAACUAACAUACUUUAACAUGUUUACAGAGAAUCAUUUGCUGUAUAUAAAAUAUAUCUUUUUAUAGUUCUGUGCUUUGCACAAUCAAAAACAUAGGGGUUGUUACGCUCGGUCUGUGUUCUCUUUCCCUCUCACAAAACUCUUGCAGCCUUUUUUUUUUCCCCUUCUUUUGUUAGUUCUUUUUUUUUUUUUUUAAGACCUUGGACUGUAAACAUUACCAUUACUCAGCUGUCAGAAAUGGUUUACUAGCAGCUUGACUGAUGAUGAAAGUCGGGGACGAUAUGGCGCGUGACGUGACAUGACUGUCGGAUGACGUGAAGAGGGUUCGCUUGGCUUACGUUGCUUAUUCACUUAGAGCUGGCGUCUGAAUCUUUCCAAGUGUACCAGCAAUGCAAAAAAAAAAUAAAAAUAAACAUAAUAUAGAACGA